GGAGGAGAGAGAGUGUACUCGAAGGUACUCCAAUAAACUUGUACCGGAGAUUAACCAACUAGAGCAAAACAGACCUUACUCUCUCUCCUCGUUUCCAAGAUCAGACAAUUCCUCUUUCUUUCUGUCUGUCUCGAUCGACCAACAAGACUUGUCCAUUACAGAUCAUGACAAGGGUUGGAAAGUAUUGUCUAGAGUUUUUGCCAUUCAGUGGUUGCAGUGCUAGGGUAUAUGGGCUUUCGUAGAGUAUCAAGAGGGUUGAUGAUGUGUAAAUUUGCGACGAAAGAAUCGACAUAACGAGGUAUAAAGCAUGCGUAAUGGGUUUUCAGUUGCAAUAUUAGGGCACUGAGAUAGGAUUGGAAAAUGAAUAAUUCGGGUUUGGGAGCAGGUUUUUUGUCGAGUCCGAGUUGUGGGUUUUUAGACCUUGAAUCGCCAAUUGCAAGGCAUGAUCAAACGCCACUGGGUCACGUAUCUAAUACCCAUCACCAUCGUCGCCAAAUGAAAUCCUCAAUAACAGGUAUUGAAAAUGACCUCCCCAUUAGACUUAUGGAAGCGAAGGGUUCGACCCAAAAAGGUUUCCUAGAUUUUGGCAAAAGGAAGGCGGUUGCCUCUGUUGAUGUUGGAAAUAAUAAUGGUAACAGCAGUAGUGAAGAAGGGGAAGAAGAUGAGCCUGGUUAUGCCGAGGAUGGGAAUGGCGAGUAUUGCAGUGGGGCAAAGGGUAAAAAGGGGUCUCCGUGGCAACGAAUGAAAUGGACUGAUGAUAUUGUUAGGCUUUUAAUUGCAGUGGUUGCUCGUGUUGGUGAUGAUGGUACUCUUGACGGUGUAGAAGGACCAAAGAGGAAAUCUGGGGUUUUGCAGAAGAAAGGGAAAUGGAAAAUGGUCUCGAAAAUAAUGAUUGCUAAGGGUUGUUAUGUUUCGCCCCAGCAGUGUGAAGACAAGUUUAAUGACUUGAACAAGAGGUACAAGAAGUUGAAUGACAUUCUUGGGAGGGGAACUUCGUGUAGGGUAGUGGAAGACCCCACUCUCAUGGACUCCAUGUCGAAUCUCUCAACCAAGAUGAAGGAGGAUAUAAGAAAGAUAUUGAACUCAAAGCACCUGUUUUACCAGGAAAUGUGCGCUUAUCAUAACGGAAAAAGGAUACCCAAUUGUGAUGAUGUUGAUUUGCAAGUUCAUUCUCUACCUCUUGUGAGAUGCUCAAAGGACACUAACGGUGAAGAGGAAGAAGCUGAAGAAAAUGAUGAAAGUGACGAUGAAUCAGAAAAUGAGGAGAAUGACGAUGUGAAUGAAGAUAGGGUCAGGGUGGGGGAACAAAAGAAGCCAAAUGAAGAGGAUAGUAGUUUUGGGCCCCAUCCUAGUGCGCUAAGUGGUUUUGAAGCUGAAAUGGCUGAGAUUUUCCAAGAUUCCACAAAAUCCCUGUGGGAGAGGAGACAGUGGAUUGGAAAAAAGAUGGUGCAACUUCAGGAGCAAAGGGUAUGCAUCGAAGCAGAAGCUUUUGAGUUGGAGAAGCAGUGCUUUAAGUGGCGGAGAUUCUGCGGCAAGAAAGAGAGGGAGCUAGAGAGAUCGAGGCUGGAGAAUGAGAGGAUGAUGCUAGUGAACGAACGAAUGGGAUUGGAACUGAAGCAGAAGGAAUGGGAGAUAAAUUUGAAGAGGUCAGAGGCAUCUUUGGAUCCUAGUUCUAUUGAUAGACUGCAAAGAAGAGAUCAGAUUGAUUUGGGUAGGCAUCCGUAGCUCCUCCAAAAGUGGUCGAUAAUUUACUGCUGGUGUCUUGAAGAUAGUCGGCCAAUUUUUUGCUGUGCAAACCAUGCAUGCAGGUGACUUGUUUUUAUAUUUUUAAGAAUUAUUUGCAGGAGUAAACGAAACUAUGAAUGAUGGGUUGUUGCCGCGCUGGUUCUUUAAGUUGAGAUAGUAGCAUCAGGUUCUUCUUUCUAGUUUUUUUUCUUUUACAAACUCCUAACAUUUAUAACUUGUCCUGACCAUGUAAGAUUUCUUGUCGUGGUUAAGUAUUUUGGAACAGAGUGGGGACAAAUUUUCAUGUAAACACCUUAUAAUUGCAUCCAUCUGUGCUGAGCAAAAAAAAAAAACUGCAUCCAUC